AGCUAAUCCUGCGCAUUGAGGGAUGUCCAGCUCCUCAUCUGCUCUCUCCACAGCAUCAGCACCAGACGCCGCGUGAGAAACAAACCCAGUCGCAUCCCCGCCGAGCGCAAGCCUGCGUGCGGCUCAUUCAAUCUGGAGCGUCAGAUGGUCGGGUUGGCCGGAGCGCGAGAUGCUCUGCCUCUUUGUCCCCCUCUACACCCGGACCGUGCAAGUUAACCCUGGAAGGGGCCAUUAAUAGUUUAGGGACCCUUGAACGAGCGAUGCACAGAGCCCGAGAAGACACAUCUCAGCUUCACUGACGGGCCAUUUACCGAACGAGCGACUGGAUUAUUGGAUCAUUUUAGCGUUCCGGUGGAUUUCGUAGACGAACGCGCAUUGAAAGCGAAAUAUUAAAUGUGUUAAUUCGGAUUCUUACGAGGGAGGAGCGAGCGUAAACAACACUGGAUUGCUUUGUUUGUCAUACACGGACCCGUGGAAGAUCAAAUCGUCACGUCUUUCAUUGCCGGAUUUGGAGAUAUCGUAUAAUAACGCAUCCCGUUAUUUCUCGAGCCCCUCCGCGCGCUGCUUUCUUCCUUCUCUGUAACUUAGGGAAGUGUUUUCCCAUCUCGCUUUGAUCUGCUUGACUUUGUAUCGUACGUUCACGUUACUUUUCUAACAAAUACAUGCAUGCACUCGGAUAGUUUUCUUCGUGUCUUCUUCACGCACGGUGAGCGUUCGGUGCGCUUUUACGCGGAGGGCGUGUUUGAAUCGGGUUUGGAGUGAAGAAAGACCCUUGUAAACGCUCGUUCACUUAUUGCCCGGGUAUCUGGGCAUCGUUUGUGUGGAGUUACAGCGACCCACGUGGAAACACGGACUCUACGGAGGACAAGAUGGGCUGUUGCAGUGGUAGAUGUACGCUGGCUUUUAUAUGUGGCAUGCAGCUGAUCAGCAUCUUGGAACGACAGAUAUUUGAUUUCCUCGGAUAUCAGUGGGCUCCAAUACUCACAAACUUCAUCCACAUCAUUACAGUGAUCCUCGGCCUCUUUGGGACGGUACAGUUCAGACCACGAUAUGUGACCGGGUACGCAGUGUGGUUGGUGCUGUGGAUCGCCUGGAACGUCUUUAUCAUCUGCUUCUAUCUGGAAGUGGGUGACCUUUCAAAGGACACAGACCUGAUUAUGACCUUUAAUAUCUCCAUGCAUCGCUCCUGGUGGAUGGAGAACGGCCCAGGGUGCAGGGUGACCCCUGUGACUCCUCCUCCUUCUUGGGCCCCGGAGGACCAUCGCUACAUCAGCAUCGCCGGCUGUCUGCUGGAGUACCAGUAUGUGGAGGUGGCUCAAAGCUCCUUACAGAUCAUCCUGGCUCUGGCUGGGUUCAUCUAUGCCUGUUACGUUGUGAAGCUCAUUUCAGAAGAGGAAGACAGCUUUGACUUUAUAGGAGGGUUCGAUUCAUACGGCUACCAAGGACCACAGAAGACAUCACAUUUGCAACUACAACCAAUGUACAUGUCAAAGUGAGAGGAUAUCUGCCUUAUCAACCAAUCAAAAUGAAGAACUGAUGUUCGUCUUUCUACGUAAAUGUCUUAACAUGAUAGUGUCUUACGAACUGUCGGAGGAACACAGAACCGACGUUUAACCUCACAAACUAAUGCAACCUAGCAGAUUUUCUUUGUCUAUGCCCAGCCCUUCCUCUCUCUCUCUCUCUCUCGCUCAGCACCAGAGCAUCGCUGCAGAGAUCCGGGAGGUACGAGAGAGCCACCCUGUGGCCAAGCUCCCUCAGCAGACUCUCGCUUCAUUGCAACCAUGAACAAUGCAAAGCGGUGCUGAGCAAAUGAGCAGAUUGUGUUGAUCUCUGCGGAUGCCAGAAGACAGAAAUUACAAAGACUUGGACUCGUGCAAUGGACCGGGUGGAUCCAAGCAGGACAGAAACCAUCCGCACUUAAAGAAUGUUCAUUAACCAGUCAGUAUGGUAUUAGUUAACUGAUGUAGUUUUACAAUCUUCAAAUGUUGACUGGGGUAAAUUGUCGUGGUCGUGUUUACAAAGGGUUAUUCUAGCAGUCACGGUUUUAGUUUUUCUUCUCCUGGAUGUACGUGUGCGUUGAAAGUGCCAAGACGAGUUACAAAAAACGAAUAAAGAUAACAGUAGCUGCUAAGAGAUUCAUAUUUUUUGGAGUUAAAGGAUGAUUUUAUCAGAUCGACGUCAACACAGGAUCAACCGUACUUGUUUGCAUGGGGUGUCAAAAAUCUGUUGCGUAUUUAAUAUCUUUCAGCUAGAAAUAGGCCGACCUUGGAAGAGGUAGCAGUUGGCCGUCGAGCGACUGUCCUUGCUCCAAAAGGUUGUUUGUGAAUAUCGUGUUUUUUAAGAUGGUGUUGAGUCCUGUUAUCGAGAUACCGAAUAGAAUACAGUCGUAACUUCUUUCUAUUUUAAGCCUUUUUUUAACGUGUGCCACUAUUCGCUAUUUUCUAGUAGACUAAUAAUUUAUUAUGCCGUGUAGGUGGGCAUUUUUCGAGAUAAAUGUAAAAUAUUUGGAGGGGGUAGGAAUAGCAUUAUUAUGUGCGAGAAAGUCAAAAAGGGUUGAAACUUUUUGUUUUGUGUCAUACCAAGAAGGUGAAAACCAAUAUUAGAAAGUUUCAAAUUGGUGCCCGAAUUUCAUGCGAGAGCUCUGUUCAUGUUAUCUGUUCAAAAGCUAUUUAGGAAUUUCCACUUUCUGAUUUAGCUGUACUGUAUGGUAACCUCCUGAAUAUCACGAAACAAUUGUGAGCCUGGACCACAAAAUUAGUUAUAAGUCGCACGGGUAUAUUUGAAGAGUUUGGUUCCAAAACGCAAUAAAUUCAUUUUGACUAAUUUGCGUAAAAACGUGUUUAAAAAAGAGAUUAAAAACACUAUUUUUUGGUACAAACUUUCACAUAGCAUCUUUAGGUUAUAACAACAUAAAAAAUUCAAAUUUAAAAACUGAUUAUUUUUUCCACAAAAUGAAAUAAAUCCUUGAAGGUUUGUUUUUUCAAAAUGCUAUAAAUCUAUUGAAUUACUUUAUAAACGUGCAUUCAUCUUUGCCAUGAUAUAUAUUCAGUGGCAUUUAUUGCGUUUUGGGAAAAAGGGAGAAAAGAUGACAGAAUAACAUGGCGGAUUUUGGAUUUUGCGUAAAAUUAAGAAUUUACUUUUAAAAACUGACCUGAUACAAUACUGAUCUUGGCGGUGACUUUUUUUAUGGAAUUUUUAUCGCGUUUUGGACUUUUGAACUCUUAAUUUGUAGCAAUUGUCAACAAUACAUUGUAUGGGUCAAAUUAUUGAUUUUUUUAAUAACAAAAAUCAUUAGGAUAUUAACCAACAGUCCCUCCAGAAAAACGCGAUUAUGCGAUCGCAUGAUUCAAUGCAUACUCAGCCAAAGUCCACAUAUUUAUGCGGGGCCGCAUUUUUUCAAUAUGCCGCACUUUCACGUGCAAAAUGCGGGCUUGCAUGAUUUCAUAAUUAAUAAUCGUAGCAAAAAGUCACUUAUGUCUUAGCAGAAAGUUGAAAAAUGUUGCAUAUACUUCACAUAAGCUCAGCCAUGUCCCCUAUUGCCAUGGGAACGUUGUGAAGUGACGUAAUUAUGCGACAGCAGUUUUUGCAAGUUCCCGCAGUUUUGCAAGUUCCUGCAAUUUCAUUCCAUAAAAUUGCAUAAAUAUCCUACAUAUUCCAUCGCAUUUUUUAAGAAAACAAGAUCAAGGAUUUUUGCACGCAACAAUCACAAAAAAAUGCAUUUUUCUGGAAGGACUGAAAUAAAGAUCAUGUUCCAUAAUGAUAUUUUGUACAUUUCAUAUCAUAAACAUUAAAUAUGUAUGUUUCAUUAGUAAUAUGUGUUGCUAAAGACUUCAUUUGGAAAACUUUAAAGGUGACAUAGAAUGAUUGAACGGAGUAUUUAUCCUUGUUCUGUGAUGUGACAUGUAGACAAAAACAUUUUUAUUUGGGUCUAUAAUGCCUUAGAAGCUCAAAAAAGCUCUAUUAGAAGGGGGAAUUUAAACAAGUGGUUUUGCACCUAUUUGGCUCCCCCUACUUGCUUAACUUGCAAUCUCAUUACUGAUUGGCUGACUUUGCUGCCACUCAAAAAAUGUAGCCAAUUAUUUUAAAGUGGAAGGGCAGUUAGAUGCCUGUGAUGUCAUAAGCAUCAGUUUUUCAUAUUGGGCUGUUUUCUGGCUGACAUUUCUAAAAGAGGAAUUUCUAUGAGACUGAGAUGUUUAGCAUGUUUAGCACUUUUUGUAUGUUUGUGAAUGUGGGUAGACUACCAUUAUUCAACAAAGACAAGGUAAACAUGGUUUUUCAUUCUCUGUCCCCUUUAAAGUUUAGACAUAUCAUGAAAAUCUGACUUUUUCCAUGUUUAAAGGGGCCAUGUCACAAGAUUUUUUUUAAGGUGUCAAAUAAAUCUUUGGUGUCCCCAGAGUACAUAUGUGACGUUUUAGCUCAAAAUACCAUAUAGAUAAUUUAUUUUGUUAAAAUGGCCACUUUGUAGGUGUGUGUAAAAUUUGCAGUUUUGGGUGUGUCCAAUGAAGUGCAGUGAGAAGCAGAUGAAGUGCAAAAUGCCCCUUAAUCUGCACUAUCCAAUCACGGCACUGCCAUUUAGUGUAGAGAUCAGCUCAUUUGCAUUUAAAAGGACACACCCCCAAACAGCACAUUUUUGCUUAUACUACAAAGUGGCAAUUUUAACAUGCUAUAAUAAAUUAUCUAUGGUAUUUUGAGCUAAAACUUCACAU